AUGGCUACUCGUUGUGAGAGAAAAUGCAAAACUUGCAACUCUCCUAUCGAACUGGGAUAUUUAUUUUGUCCUAUUUGUGGAAAUUCUGUAGUUAGCGUUAACAAUGUCACUUCUAGCGGUUCGUCAGGAGAAACGAGUCAAUCAAAAAGCAAAGGAUUUUCUUUAGAAAGUUUCGAGAAGUUCAAGAGGCAGAAAGAAAGUCAACGCAGCUCUUUCUUUGUUCGAAAAAAAGGGCGCAAAAGCUCGUCAAAAGAGGAGAAAGAAGUUGUUAUCUACAUUGGUCUGAUGAAAGAAAUGUGUCAAGUCAAACGAGGGGAAUGGCUGCCUCUUAAAAUCAAGUCAAGUGCUACAGCUGAUGACAUCCUGGAAGCUGCAAUUCAGAAACAUUCAACAUUUAAUAAACGAUUUAAUUCCAAACUGAAGUACAAGUUGGUAUUCAAGGAUGGCAGUGAGGUGUCUAACAUCCCCGGCGGUGACCACGAAGAAAGUUUCAUAUUGUUUAAGUACAAAGAGUUAUCUGGUUUUUCAUAUGGAAAAAUUAAGUUAUUCCUCAUUCCUGAAAUUACCAGUUUUCAAAAUCGCAUUGAUCAACUGAAAAGCUGUCUUGAAGAGGCUGAAGAUGAUGAAUUGUCGUCUGAAUCAGAGGAACAGGCACUAUUUCAAAACCCACUGUCUUGUGAAACCAAUUCUGUGAAUUCUUCCAAUAAUGACCAUUGCAUUACAAACCAAUCCACAGAGACACAGACAAUAGAGAUUCCAGAUGAAGAGGCUAUGGCCCAAUCAGUGUUGGGGAAUCCUCCAGAGAAGGAUGGGGCUGCUAUUAAUAUCAAUGUCGAGUGUCCUUUGUGUCUUAAAAAAUUUCCUAUUGCAACUGUGGAACAGCAUGCUGACCAAUGUGCUUCAUUGUUUCAAAUAAUACCGGAUGGUGAUGUUCAUGACGAUAAUGAGGAUGUUCAACCUUCAACUGCACCCGCAUCUGAUGGUACAUUGAGGGAUAUGAUCCAGAAGCUUGCCCAGGUACAGUUUGACCCCAAAGAAGAACCUAUACGGAUAACUGUACGUCGUUCGAGGUUAUGGGAAGAUUUUAAAAGAGCGAGAUCAAGAUAUUAUUGCCCCCAAAAGAAGCUUAAGGUAACCUUUUCAGGUGAGCCGGCAAUAGAUGAUGGUGGACCGAAGAGGGAAUUUUUUUCAGGUAAAACACUAUAAAAAUAUACAAUGGGUGUUAAAUUAUAGGUUCAAGUGUUAAAUAGCAGAUAUGCAGAGGCGUAACUAGAAUUAAUUGGGGGGGGGGGGUAUAUUCAUAUAUUUGUGUUCUGCCCAACAAAUUUAUUUUGAAUUUCUUUGUUUUUAAGCUCAUUUCAAAAGAAAUUAGUAGGGAAGACCCCCCCAAUUAACUCUCUAGUUUCGCCACUGCAAUAUAUACAAUUAUUAGGCCUAAAACAAAAUGCCUGUGGUUCCAGUUUUAUAUUGUGAGAAAAUUAGGGUUGGUAGGUUGAAUUUUCAGCAGAGUCCCAACGUCAAUAGAGAUGCAUAUUUCAUGGACGAAUUUAGGCAAUUGGUUCAAUAAUUAGUGUGACAACAGACACCAUUUUGGCACGCUGUAUAUUAUGUGAAUGUAAAAGUAGGGGGGGGGGGGGCACACUUAGCAUCCACCAAAAGCAGGUGAUAUUCUAUGGGGUCCUGAUGCAUGCCCCCAGGACAAUUUUAAAAUUAGAGUUUCUGAAAUGCCAUUUCCUGCACUUUAUAAGGAGAUUUACAGAGUUUUAAAGACAUUUAGCCCCCUCCCCCACUAGACUACUGGAGGCACCCCCCCCCCUUUCCGACGUGCCGGUAAUUUAAAACAGACUUUAUUUUAGUCACAUGACUGCACAGGUAUAUGUGGAUAAAAGCCUGUUUUAAAUUACCAAUAUUAAUACAAACUUCUGAUCUUCUGUGGUUGAUAAAAGUGAUUUUGUUUUUCUGGUUAUCAUUAUCAGAAUUGAUGAAUCACAUGGAAAGAAGAUACUUUAUAUCAGGAAGUCCAGUAUCUUCAACAAUGAUGCUGAUGCAGAGUGAUUACAAAGUCUGUGGGGAACUAAUUGCAAUGUCGAUAAUGCAGGGUGGGCAAGCCCCCUGCCUGUUUUCUCAAUCCGUGUUUGAAUAUUUGAUUAGAGAUCUGAAGAUUGCAAAUAUUCAUUCAAGUUUUUACAAGAGUGUUUGUGAACAGGUAAUUUGCUGCAUUCACCAGUCCUACUUUAUUCGGCAUAGUUAAGCAUUUAUGAGAAAAAUAUCUAAAAUGCAAUAAAACAUUGUUACAGUACAUAUUUGAAAGUGUCUAUAUAUUAUAAACAGUUGUCAAUUGUACAAAUGAAAAUUUCAUCCAAACUCUUUGCUUUGAAAUGUGCCCCAAUGCACUCUACUUCAGCAUUACAGUAAUUAUACUUUGUCUAAUAAAAGAUGAUUUUACUCUUCAAGUUGAAGAGUAUAAUUAUCUGGCAUUAGGGGGUAUACUGAUAAAGAAUAGUAGCUGGGUGCACAGGGGAACACUGCAAGUCAAAUAGUUAAUUAUUGGGGCCAUUUUUAGUUAUACUAUUAUGAAAUCUGGUAAGUGAAAAUGUGAAAUGUCUUCCACAUUACCAUAGAUAUCUUAUAUAAACUAGAUAGCACAUCUCUUUUAGUAAAAUUGAAGCCAAGAAUAUUCCAGCGGUUACUCACAUUUGAAUAGAUGGCGGCCAUGUUGGUCGUUCCCACUUGCUAAUAAACGCUUAAAAACAACAAUAACUUUCAUCAUUCGAAUAGUUUAAAAAUGUAUUUGGAAUAGGGUUAACUUAAUGUUUAAGUUCCCUGUUUAAGAAAUAGAAAACAUACGAAUCUUCUCAUUUCAUGGGAACGACCUGAGACUGCAAUCACGGCUUCAAUUUUUGAAUUGCAGAAUAAUUAGAUGCACUAUCUAGUGUAUAUAAUAUAUCUAUGCACAUUACUGAUUAAAGUGGUUAAUACAUCAGAUGUGCCUUUUUGAGAGUAUUACCUGUCCUUGUCCACUAUAACUUUAGUUAGUAAUUCUACACCAUGCACACACCUGUAUUGCAUUGCUUCAUACUCUGGCACCUACUUCUUGACUUCCAAUCUACAUUGGUAAUAGUAUAUUGGGAAAAUUACUUACUAACUGUUUUAAUUAACCCAUUAAUUAAAGCAAAAAUUUUCCCAUAUAUAUAAUAAAGUAGGGCCGUACUACCGUACAAUGAUUGUAUAAUUUUUUUCUUUUCUCAGCUUUCUGAAGAUUCCCCUAACUAUGCAGCAAUACUUCUAAAUGAAGAAGUGUUUCCAUUGCUUGAAGAAAUAGGCUAUCAAGGAGUUCCUGGGAGGGAAACAAAAUCAUCUAUAAAUAACCUAAUUCAGUAAGUUUAAUAAUUAUUACAGCAGAUUUUUAAUAUCUUGUAAUGGUUUGUGUUCGUAUAUACAAGAUUAUCCCAAUACAAGAUUAUUGCAAGCAGGGGCGUUGCUAGACCACGCUAGCAAAAACCUCAAUUACUUCGUCAACAUUUCCGUUCCCACAAUGCCCUAUUCCAAAAAUUAGUCCAGUAUUUUCGUUUUGGCAUCCCUUUAUUCGUCCCAUUAUGUGUUGGUCGCGGUCAGGUUUCUCCCUUUCCACAGAGACAACCACCACUUUUACCGACCUUUUUUACAUUUUACAGACCACUAAAUUAUUUCAAAAGCAAAAACUGGCCCAAUCCGACUAGGGCCAAUAUUGCUUACUAUGUGUUGAAUACAUCACCUUUCUGAUUAAGGGGAGGUGUGACACAACCACUCUAGCAAUGCCCCUGUGUUCAAGCAUUGAAACACUGCCUAAUAUAUUACACUGGACCAAAACUUUAAUAAUUAGUUGUGCCAUUGUUAAUAUUGACCACUAUUCAUUUGUUCAGUUUCUUACAGUAAUCUCAAAAUUUUAUUAGAUCUGUCUGCCUUAAAGACCAGCUUGGUGAUGUUCUGCUCCAACUGACUCAACUGGAAGAAGGGUUAAAUGUGUAUGGCUUAACAAAAGAAAUCAGACGUUCUCCUGAAAUGUGGGAAAAUUUGCUUGUAAUUGGCAAAGGCAUAAAGGUUACUGCAUCGAAUUUGAUUGAAGAAUUCCAACCAAUAUUCAGUGAAAGCCAAAUCCAGAAACAAAAGGAGAUGGACACCUACACUUAUUUCUGUGAUUUUGUUCACACAUUAGACAUGCAAGGUUUGUUCACUGCAUGUUCAUGUCUCAUUACAAUUUCGUACAUCCUUAUGGUGCAAUCCUUAUUUCUUACCACUAACCCAAAAUUUAGUUGCCCAUACACCAACGUAUAAAACAAGAGGAUAUUUGUAACAUUCCAAUUAUUACUCACAUCCAUCUUAUGCCCUGAUUGUUUAUAAAAAUUGAGGGGAAAUGUGUUGCAGAUCUGAUGCAGUGGCUGACAGGAGGAUACCUGUUCUUGGUCUUGGAAAAAAAAUAAAGCGCCUAUUUUUGCAUGUUUGCCAACCUGGGUGUCGGUGUCGUCCAGUAGUCUCAACAUGUGACUUGAGAGUCACGCUACCAGUGCAUCUAAACAGUGAAGAAGAAAUGGUUGAAAUAAUGACGUCAGCUUUAAAAGACUCGACAGGAUUUGACUUGGUUUAA